AGUUGAUAAGUCUCUUAGGAAGCCAUAUUGAAGGCAUAUGACGAUAUGUUACCUGUCCAUGAUUAAUGAAAACCGGCUGGAGAUUAUAAUUGUUUUACUCGUUCUUCGGCAUAUGCGGACACACUGGGGAAGACAUCGUUAGAUUGUGCCUAAGUGGAACGAAAUACACCCAGCUGUCCAGAUGAUGCGAUCACUGACAACGCCGACUCCAAAACGGCUUCGGGAUUUAAUCCGAGAAAUAAGGUCAGCUCGGACAGCUGCAGAUGAACGUGGAGUGGUGCAGAAAGAAUGUGCAGCAAUUCGUGAAUCAUUUCGGGAUCAAGACAACACAUACAGAUGUCGCAAUCUGGCCAAACUUCUUUAUAUCCACAUGUUGGGUUACCCUGCUCAUUUUGGCCAGCUGGAAUGUUUGAAAUUGAUUGCAUCCCCAAAGUUUACAGACAAGAGGAUUGGCUACCUUGGUGCCAUGUUAUUAUUAGACGAGAGACAGGAUGUCCAUCUGUUGGUCACUAACUCCCUGAAAAAUGACCUUGGCCAUCAAACCCAGUAUAUACAGAGCCUUGCCCUGUGUACACUGGGCUCAAUCUGCUCCACAGAAAUGAGCCGAGACUUGGCAGGGGAAAUAGAAAAGAUGAUAAAAUCAUCUAAUGCUUAUGUGAAGAAAAAGGCAAUAUUGAGUGCAUUUUGCAUUAUAAGGAAAGUUCCUGAUCUCAUGGAGAUGUUUAUCCCUGCAACCAGGACACUGUUGAAUGAGAAAAACCAUGGAGUUCUUUUGACAUCUGUGUGCCUGAUAACAGAGAUGUGUGAGCGUAGUCCUGACACACUACACCACUUCAGGAAGGUUAGGACUGUGCCACAGUUAGUGCGGAUUCUGAAGAACCUCAUCAUGGCUGGAUACUCACCCGAGCAUGACGUUUCUGGUGUCAGUGAUCCUUUCCUACAGGCCAAGAUUUUGAGACUCCUGAGAAUUCUUGGAAAGAACGACACGGAAGCCAGUGAAACUAUGAACGACAUUCUUGCACAGGUGGCCACAAACACUGAUACCAGUAAGAAUGUAGGGCAUGCUAUCUUGUAUGAGAUUGUCCUUACCAUCAUGGGAAUUCAGUCUGAAGCUGGCCUUAGGGUACUAGCAGUAAACAUAUUGGGCAGAUUUUUAUUGAACAAUGAUAAAAAUAUCAGAUAUGUAGCCUUGAACACAUUAUUACGAGUUGUACAAGCGGACUACAAUGCUGUACAGAGACACAGAACAACUAUAGUGGAUUGUCUCAAAGAUCCAGAUAUUUCAAUUAGGAGGCGUGCCAUGGAGCUGUCCUUUGCAUUAGUAAAUUCUGGAAAUGUACGUGGCAUGAUGAAGGAGCUUUUACACUUCCUAGAAACAUGUGACCCAGAGUUCAAGGCCGAUGUUAGCUCGAACAUAAUUUUUGUUGCUGAAAAAUACUCUCCAAACAAGCGUUGGCAUAUAGAUACAAUCAUGAAGGUUCUUAUUACGGCUGGAAAUUAUGUACGAGAUGACAUGGUGUCAGUUUUGAUCCAACUAAUAUCAGAGACAACAACAUUACAUGGUUACACAGCCAAGUCCAUGUUUCACCAUCUUCAGGGUGAUAUUACGCAACAGCCCCUCACACAGGUGGCCACAUGGUGUAUAGGGGAGUAUGGGGAACAGCUGUUGUUGGAACAGCCUGAUGAGGAGGAACCCAUGCAGUUCACUGAAGAUGAGGUGAUAACAGUGUUAGAGAAGGUACUUACCAAUAACAACUCACUGGAGGUUACCAAGGAAUAUUGUAUCACAGCAGUCAUGAAGCUUAGCUCCAGAUUUAGAACAUCAAUGGGGAGGAUCAAGAAGAUGAUUGAGUAUUACAGUACCAGUGUUAAUGUGGAGUUACAGCAGCGGUCUGUAGAAUACACAUCUGUCUUCACCAAGUUUGACCAUAUGAGGUCAGCAUUAUUGGAACAGAUGCCUUUGAUUGAGAGGAGUCGGAGUAAAAACUUGUUAUCUAAUAAUGAAGAUGAGGGGGUAGGCAAUGGGAUGGAUAUAUUAAACUCGGACAAGUCUGUUGGUGAUGGCAGUACAAAACUUCUAGACACGGUGAAACAGAGCACACAACAGACAGAGGGUCAAAAUAUACUAGACCUUUUAGGGGACCUUGGUCCUACACCUGUGAUACCUACCAACCCGGAACCAUCCAAGUCAGCUGGAGCUAAUGACCUCCUAGAUCUCCUAGGGGAUGUAGCAAAUGCUGCUUCGGGUAAUACAGUGAACAACAUGGUUCCUGCUCCAAAUCACAAUCUGAUGGACAAUUUAUUAGGCGCAACAACACCUAGUGCCCAGAUGAAUGGUGGAACAACAGGGUUGGAAACAUUAACAGCAUUUAACAAGAAUGGUUUGUUAAUUGAGUUCAUGUGUGAGCGAGACGAGACACAGGCCAAUAUCACCACUGUCAAUGUCAAGGCCACUAAUUCCACAGCCACUUCAAUGGCUGACUUUGUCUUUCAGGCUGCAGUACCGAAAUCAUUCCAGUUACAGUUAUUGUCCCCCUCUGGUAAUGUGAUUCCUCCAAUGAAUGAUGGCGCCAUUACACAAGUUAUCAAACUUAACAAUCCACAAAAGCAACCAAUUAGAAUGAGACUUAAAGUUUCCUAUGUUCAAAAUGGCAAUGCCAUUUCUGACACAGGUGAAAUGAACUCCUUUCCUAAACAGCUAUGGGAAUGAUGCCAGCUAUACAGUGUACCAGCUGCCAAAUAAAAGAUGGGAUUAGUCAUCAGAUUAAAAGUGCAAAUUGGAAUUCAGUGAGAGGAGACUUGGACAUUCAUCAACUUUCAAUAUUGGUUGGCAUGGUCCACAUGUGGUAUCUAGUUGGCCAAACUCUUAAUAAUUGGUCAAGGCAACAAUUUCUUCAGUUGUGUGACCUUCAUGCAGGCAGGCUCUGCCCUGGUCACAUUCCUUCGUGGCUCUUUGUGGAUACGAGUCAAAGAAUAAACCUUAGUGUCGCUAGUCAUACCCAAGGAUCAGUGCAUAAAGACAACUCCCAAGGUUUUAGAGACAAUAAUGUUGUUUAUGGAGCA